UAAAAACUUUUUUUUAUUUUCAAUAAUUAAGAUAAUAAUUCAAAAAAAAAUUUUGUUUCCGUUGUUUUUUUUCUAUUAAACAAUAAUUGUUCAAUUUAUCGAGGAAUAAUUUGUUCAAAUGUUUAUAGUGACAAUUUUUCAAACGCAUUAAAAUGGAUAGCACUGAAAUUCAACAAAAAUCGAGUCCACUUAAAAAUGCAAAUAUCAUCAGUAAACUUAAUUUUUGGUGGUUGAGAAAAUUAUUAUAUAAAGGAAUAAAGCAAGAGUUGCAGAUGACAGAUUUGUUUGAACCACUGGAAACAGAUAAAUCUCAAUAUGUAGGAAACAAGUUAGAAAGAGAGUGGGACAAGGAGCUUGAAAAAUUGAAAUUACUAGAAUACGAAUUAAAAGAAACGGAUGGCAGGAAAGUGAAGAAAAAAGGAAAAAUGCCAAAUUUGAUAUGGGCUCUAAUUAGAUGUUUCAAGUGGUCUCUAGUGGUUCACGCAUUUUUUCUAUUACUUUUUAUUCUCAUAGUACAAACAAUUAUGCCAGUUCUUCAAAAAUGGGUGAUCGGCUAUUUUAAAGAUGGCGAACAAGGGGGCACAGAAACAAAGGAGGAAGUACUGGGUUACGCCGCUGGAUUAGUAAUUGUGCUUUAUCUCAAUUGUGCAUUUAUGCAUCACACUAAUCAAUUUUCUCAACACAUGGGCAUGAGAGUAAGAGUAGCGUGCUCUGCUCUUGUUUACAGAAAGCUCCUGAGACUUAGUAAAUCAGCCCUCGACAAAACGGCAGCGGGACAAAUAGUAAAUCUUCUUAGCAAUGAUGUUGGUCGCUUUGAUUUAACAUUCAUGUUCCUCCAUAACAUUUGGAUAAUGCCUUUUCAAGUAAUAAUUGUUGCUUGCAUUAUGUGGCAAUAUGUGGGAUAUUCUACGCUUGCAGCUCUCGCAACUGUAAUUGUACUUUCAGCACCGAUUCAAAUUUGUCUGUCCUACAUUAGCAAUAAAUUGAGAACCAAAAUUGCUCCCUUAACGGAUAGAAGAGUUCAGCGCAUGAACGAAUUGGUACAAGGUAUUCAGGUGGUGAAAAUGUACGCCUGGGAAAAAUCAUUCGAAAAAAUGGUCUCACUCCUUCGCGCCAAGGAAGUACUAAAUCUCAUCUACAUGGCAAUUGUCCGAGCAACUUACUUGAGUGGAAUGGUAUUCACCGAACGAGCAAUAUUAUUUGUAACACUAUCAGUAUUCGUAUUAACAGGUAACAAACUUAAUUCGGAAAUAAGUUUUACAAUUGCCGUUUACUGUAAUAUUUUACAAAGAGCAAUGUCCAUUUACAUACCAAAUGGUCUACAGUACUUAUCAGAAAUGUUAGUUUCAAUAAAACGUUUAGAACAAUUCCUCCUAUUGGAAGAGAUAACUCCACUGACGGACGUGAAGAAGAAUAAUCUCGACAGAAAUAAAAUGGAAUUUCGAAAUAAUGAUAUUUUCUAUUUUGGCAAAACGGAGAACGGUAAAAUUGCACAGGCAGAAAAUGAGGAGAAUAAUCCUGUAAAAAUUGAACUUAGUAGAGUUUGUGCUAAUUGGGUAUCGUGCCAAUUGCCACCAACGCUUUGCAAUGUUUCUCUAAAAGUACCGCCGGGACAACUUUGUGCACUCGUCGGUCCAGUUGGUUCGGGAAAAUCGGCAAUAUUACAUCUUUUACUGAAGGAACUGCCACUGGGCGCUGGGAAUGUUUCACUCCGACAGAAGUACAAAAAUGGAGAAUCGGAGAGUGAAAUUUUUCGUGGCUUUUACAUUGAUAAUCCAAAUUUGAAAAUUUCUUACGCUAGUCAAGUGCCUUGGAUAUUUACCGGUACAAUCAGGGAGAAUAUUUUGUUUGGAAAUCCGUACGAUAAGGCCCGAUAUGACGAGGUAACGAAAGUGUGCGCUUUGAAACCAGAUUUUAAACAAUUCGCAUACGGGGAUAUGACACACGUGGGAGAUCGUGGAGCGACACUUUCAGGUGGACAGAAAGCUCGUGUCAAUUUGGCGCGAGCAGUUUAUAGACAAGCUGAUCUCUAUCUUUUGGACGAUCCACUCAGUGCCGUUGACACUCACGUGGGACAGGAUUUAUUUCAAAAAUGCAUUUUAGAAUAUCUCAAAGGGAAAACUCGUAUUCUCGCCACUCAUCAAAUCCAUUUUCUACCACGUGCUGAUAUUGUCGCCAUUAUCGAACGAGGAACUAUCAGAUUUCAAGGUUGCUAUAACGACAUUCAUUCAUUGGACUCGGAAUACAUGAAGAUUUUGGAGAGUCAAACAGACGACGAAUUAGCCGACACUGAACAAGAUGAAGCUGAUGAAAGUUCAUCGAAGGGAAAAAAUAAAAAAACCAGUUUCAGAAGACGAACAUUGAGUCGCUCGUCGAAAAAAUCAAAUAAUUCUAAUUCGGAAUUGAAUACCAGUACAACUUCACAGGAACAAAUUAAUGUUGCGAGUGAAGAUAAGGAAGAAGAGGAAGAAAUGCAAAAGGGUUCGAUGGGUUUAAAUAUAUUCUUUCGUUACUUAUCGCAAGCUGGAAAAUGUUUUGUUAUUCCUUCACUUGUAUUUCUUUUGAUACUCUCGCAAGCUGUUACCAGUGGUUCGGAUUACUGGGUCAGCUAUUGGAAUCAAUUGGAGGCAUUACGAACAGACAUUGAGAAUAACAAAACGUCACCAAUUAAAAAUGAAAAUCAUUUCUUCUCAUUUUUACAAUACGAUAAAAAUGGCCUUUUAACGACGACAAACAGCAUCUAUAUUUACGGUGUUCUUUUAAUACUUUGUAUGGUUAUUAAUUUUUUACGUGCAACUUCAUUCAUCGCCUCGUGCACCAUCGCCGGGAAAAAUUUACACAAUUCCAUGUUCGCCAAUCUUCUACACGCCAAUAUGAAUUUUUUCGAUACAAAUUCAUCUGGGCGAAUUUUGAAUAGAUUUACCAAAGACGUUGGUACAAUGGAUGAAUUAUUGCCUAAUGCACUUGUCGAAGGAUUGCAAAUAUUUUUCGUCAUGUUGGGUAUUUUCGUUAUGGUGACAAUUGUCAAUUAUUGGAUGAUUAUUCCCAUUAUAAUAAUGAUGUUACUUUACAAUCAAUUAAAAAAUUACUACCUGAGAAGUGCUCGAGUACUCAGGAGACUCGAGGGUGUCAGUAAAAGUCCAGUAUUUUCGUACAUUACUUCGAGUCUCAAUGGAUUGACAACAAUAAGAAGUUGUGGAGUAGAAAUGGAGGGUCGAUUACGAAAAGAAUUUGAUGGCCUACAAGAUGCACACACAAGCUCUUGGAGUCUUAUAGUAGCAACAAUCAAUUGCCUUGGCUAUUAUCUCGAUCUUAUUGUUUGCGUCUUUAUUGCUUGUGUUACAUUUUCUCUAAUUUUAAUACAUGAAAGCAGCGGUGCUAAUGUCGGAUUAGCAAUAUCGCAGUCACUAAUUUUGGCCGGUAUGUUGCAAUACGGAGUGAGACGUCUUGCGGAAACGGCAUCGUACAUGACGUCAGUGGAAAGAAUUAUGCAGUACACUGAUCUUCCACAAGAAAAGCCAAUGGAAUCUUCAAUUCCGAUACAACCAACAUGGCCAACAAAGGGACGAAUGAUCCUCAAAAAUAUCAAUUUAAAAUACAAAUCAAGUGGUCCUGUUGUACUCAACAAUCUAAAUUUGGUGAUAGAAUCAGGAUGGAGAGUUGGAAUUGUUGGCAGAACCGGAGCUGGUAAAUCCUCCCUGAUAUCAGUUUUGUUUCGACUUUACAACGAGGGAUUGGAGGGAGAAUUGAUAAUUGAUGGCGUUGAUACAAAAUUAGUUGGUCUACAAGAAUUACGUUCGCGAAUAUCGAUAAUACCACAGGAACCGGUUCUAUUUUCCGAAAGUCUUCGACGCAAUUUGGAUCCUUUUGGAUUAUAUUCAGACGAUUUACUCUACGAUGCCUUGAGAGAAGUGGAACUGAGUGAUCUUUCCUUAGACAUGCAAGUUGCCGUUGGUGGAAGUAAUUUCAGCGUUGGAGAGCGACAAUUGAUAUGCCUAGCGAGGGCAAUUUUACGGAAUAAUAAAAUUCUUUUGCUGGAUGAGGCGACUGCUAACAUCGAUUCAUAUACGGACAGUCUUAUUCAAAAAACGAUACGAACGAAAUUCACAGAUUGCACCGUACUGACAGUGGCACAUAGAUUAAAUACUGUCAUUGACAGCGAUCGGAUUGUUGUCAUGGAAAAAGGUCACAUGGUGGAAUUUGGCUGCCCCCAUGAAUUAUUAAGUGACCAUCCAAAUGGAUACUUUUCAAAAAUGGUGCAGAAAACUGGCGAAAAAACAGCAAGAACAUUAUCACAAUUGGCUGAAAUGGCUUGUCGGCGAAAUAUAGUGCAAAGAAGUCUCGAUCUAACGCACUCUGAUUCAAUUGACAAUGACAGUGGUUUUGACAAUUUGCAAACUACAAAAAUAUAAAAUUUCAAAAAGAAAAAAGAACUCUCAUAACUCGCUGCUAGUCAUUAGUUUCCAUUUGCCAAUUCAUAAACAUUCUACAACAUAAUUAUAAUUUACAUACUAAAAAAUAAGAAUCAGCAAAAAAAAAAAAAAUAGAAAUAAUUAUUUUUUAUAUAAUUGUAAUCGAGAAUCAGUUCUAAUAAAA